AUGGCGGCAUAUUUGCCGACCAGUGAGAUGGACGGGAAUGUACUAAAAAUGAUUAAGGCCACUAGCGCCGCCGGGCAAGUUUAUUUGGAUGCUGAUGAGGCACAAGAGGCAAACAGCCCUAUUUCGGCAUCCCAGCGACGUGCACCACAACCACUACAGCUUGCUCGGUUAAUGCUGCGAGAUGACGAUGAGGCUGGUGACCUGCGGCUCCGUGUAGCCGAGUUGCACAUAUCUCCGUGUUUUGGUGGGACAAAACGGAAAAGAGAAGAGGAUGAUUCGACCUCACAACACGAAGAGGAAGACAGUCGCGGUGGCUUGACGAUGGUCUCUAUACCAAAAGGUUUGAUGUUUGAACCAGGGGUUUUUUUAAUUUUUGGAACAACGAGGUACUGUGGGCGCUUAAAGAAAGGAGAAAGAAGGAAGUGA